AUGUCGCCCUCAAACCACACCCCCCUCUCAACCUCCGCAAUACUCGACUCCGGCACCCAACCCGCCCCCCGCGAUACCCUCGAACCCUUCCUCCACAUCCCCUGGGUCGCCCGCCAAAUCCAACAACCAGGCAUCUCAUGCGUGGUCCCCAACUGUCGCCUCGCCAAACUCUCCGGCGAGGACUCCCUCAUGGCAGAACUCCUCCGCACAGAACGCACCAUCAGGCAUUGCGUUUCCUUCUACCCCACCACGGCAACAGACACGGAAGAAGUCACCGAGGUCCACACGGUCAUGAUACUAGGAGACGGCAUGAACGGGCAUCCACAGAUCAUGCACGGAGGUAUUGUGGCUACCAUUUGCGAUGAGGCGAUGGGGAUUUUGAUGUCUAUCAAUGGGGAGCGGAGAAGACGGCACCUGAAGCUCAAGCAGGAUGAGGCGGCGCAGCUGAUGUCUUCUUUCACGGCGGAGUUGAAAAUCACGUAUAAGGCGCCUGUGCGAGCUCCUGGGGAGGUAGUUGUGAGUGCGAGGAGGGUCAAGAAGGAAGGGAAGAAGGAAUGGUUUAGAGCCGAGGCGAAGCAGCAAGUGGAAGAAAAAGUGGUGCUCUGUGCCAUUGGUGAGGCGCUCUUCAUUGAGCCGAAAGUCGCAAGGCCGAAGCCGAAGAUCUGA